AUGGCUUUAAACUAAAAGGAGGCAGAUUGGGGUUAGAUGUGAGGGAGAAGCUCUUCACUCAAGAGGGCAGCGAGGCCCGGGCGUGGGCUGCCCAGAGCGGUGGGUGCCCCAUCCCUGGAGGUGCCCAAGGCCAGGCUGGGCGGCUCUGGGAGCUGAGCUGAGGGGAGCACAGCCCACGGCAGAGAUUGGGGCUGCAGGGUCCCUUCCAAUCUAAGCCUUUCUAUGAUUGUGUGUGUGAAUUCAGGCAAGUCCAUUAGAACGGUUGGUACGGGUGCAGUGAUUAUCGCUACUAAACGCCCCUAAACCUGACCAGAGCAGUGCCUAAGCUGAGACACGCGGGCAGCGAUGACACCAAAGGGGAUUUCCUGUCAACAGCCUCCUUAUGGAGAGCAGCUUUACGCCCCGGCAGAGCCGAGGCGGCCCGCACCGCUGCUCGCUCCCGCCCGGCGCAGGCACCCCGCUCGUCGCAGCCCCCCCGGCUCUGCUGCCUGGCUCCUCCCGCCGUGCAGCCGCCAUCGCUUCCCCCGGCAACGCCGCGAGCCCCGCGGGGUCCGCCCAGCCCUGCGCGGCGCCGCCGCUCCUCGUCCCGGGGAGCCCCGCGCCGUCGUGCCGUUGCCGGGGCCCCCCCACACCUCAUGGCAGCCAUGCCGUGCUCCGAGGCCGCCCUGCAGCCGUCCCCCAGCAAGAGGCAGAAAGGUUCGGCGGUCGGGGAGCCCUCCGCUCGGCUCCGCUUCACCAAGCUGUCCGAGAACGCCUGCGCUCCGUCCAAGGGCUCUGCGCGAGCCGCGGGCUACGACUUGUACAGUGCCUAUGACUACAUUAUCCCACCCAUGGAAAAGGCUGUCGUGAAAACAGACAUUCAGAUUGCUCUUCCUGCUGGAUGCUAUGGCCGAGUAGCACCACGUUCCGGUUUAGCUGCAAAGCACUUCAUAGAUGUUGGUGCUGGUGUUAUUGAUGAGGAUUACAGGGGAAACGUUGGCGUGGUACUCUUCAACUUCGGCAAGGAGACUUUUGAAGUUAAGAAAGGAGAUAGAAUUGCCCAGCUCAUCUGUGAACGCAUUUUCUAUCCUGAGCUAGAAGAAGUUCAAGCUCUAGAUGAUACAGAACGUGGUGAAGGUGGCUUUGGUUCUACUGGAAAGAACUGAAAAUGAUUUGAAUGUGCUUUCUAUUGCUUUUUUGUUGUUCUACUUCUACAUUUUCAUUUGAAUUAGAUGUAAUAUUUUGAACUACUUGGUCAAUUAGUUGUUGUGGUUUUUUUUAUAUUUUGUCCUCAUUAAUAUUUGUGUUAAUCUCCUAAAAGAAAGCUUUCGUGUGUAUCAAUAUUUUAUACCGAGAGUUUACUUUGUACAGAGUUAGCAAUAAUAUGUGACUUCCUACUGUAAUCCCUAAGUUAGAAUAAGGUGAAGAUAUUCAAUAUUGCAUCUCCUAUGACUUGUCAAAAAUUGUUGUUUCAAAGGUAAUAUUCUAAUUUUGAUCCUUAUUUGGUUCUAAGCCAUUUUUUCAGCUCACUAGAUUAAGAGCAGGAAAUAUGGUGUGUAAAGUAAAUAUUACAACUCAUCUGGAAAUCAAUGUAGUAAAUAAAUGCUGUGAAGCAUGCUGCUAUUCAUGAAUAAGGUGUUCACAGAAUUCUCCUUGCUGGUCUUGGGUUAUAGUUUUAUGUCCUUGUUUUGCAUCCUUUUCUACUACUAGCCAUUUCCAAAGUUUGACACAUUAUGUAUGUUGUUCCGCAACCCUGAAGAGCUGGAAAACAAAGAUGACAGCAUUCUAAUUCCAUUAUCUGUAGUCAUUACUUUGACUUGGCGGUGGUGAAACUGCAAGUACAUCUUUGGCCAGGGUAAAAACCUUUCCCCUUAUGUGCAUUACCUGCUAAGCAGUGCUUUUUUUCCCUUAAAGCCUUACCACAACAUUGUUCUAUCAUCUGUAUAUACAGGCUUACCAUGCCAAUGGCUGUUGUGAGUGAGAAGCACGUCGUGGUAAUAAGGUUCUAAAUCUGUUGGAAAAAUGAUGUUGACAUUAAGCAUCUUCCCUUAUAUAAUCUUAUAUAAAGUGAAAGGAUCUUCAGUUAUCAAAGACUAUUUAAAUGUCUCAAAAUAAGAAUAAAUCCUUUUCUGUAAACCCAUUUCUUCUUGCUGGAGUUUGAGAGUAAGUUUUGCUGCUCCUCUUCCCUCCUAGCAAAAACAAAACAAAACAAAAAAACAAGGGAUACACUGGCUUAAGUCCCUAAAGAUACAGGAUGAUCACUUCAGGCAGCAGCCUACAAGAAUAAAAUUAAGUUUUAUUGAUAUUACGCGUUGUUUGCUGCAACUUGGAAAAUACUGAUUUGCAUAUUUAAACAAUAAACUCCAGAUUCUGAGAUAAAAAGAAACAUGAUUUUUCUAGGAAAUACCAGUCUGAGAAGAAUACAUGAGAAAGAAACAUGACAGUAAAUGUAUUGAUCCAUGCUUGCUGUGUUUUGUCAACAUACAGGCUGAUAAGUGUCUUUACAAAAAAUGUCUCACUUAUUUUGAAAAGUAUUUUUAUUUAGAAGUAUUUUAAGACUAGUGCAAGGUUCCUGCCUGUAAGAGUCUUGGAAAAUAAACAAACACACACCUAUUUGAGUCAGUGGAAAUGCUUUCAAGCCCACCUCUACAAUGAACUCCCUGUAUACAUCAAACCACAGCAUUACUGUAAUAAAUUUCAGAUAAUUCCUUUAGUA